UACGGGGGGGAAGAAGCAGAUCUAAACAAGAAACCAUUCCCCCUACUGAGUCUAGCUUUUUCCUGCCUCGAUAAAAUAUAUCCACACAGCACAGGAAAAGCAGUCGACUCUUUAAUUCACAGGGGCGCCUCUUUUCUUCUCUUUCUUGUCCACCAAAGGAUACGAAAUUAUUGAUGAUCCCUCAGUAUAGCCGCUGGAAAAGACGAUUGGUUGGUUGAGAGCCGUGUCUAUUAUGAUGAUGUCAGCAUAGAACAGCUUUGGAGAUUAGCGUGGAUUCUACGGUUUCUAGGAGCCGAUGCUGAUGGGGCACCUGUGAUGCUCGCAUAGCCCAUCUGAGGAAUCAUGAAAUUCUUAUCCCUUGCAGUAGUUGUCUCCUGUGUCCUGGUAGUGUCACCAUCGGAGGCCAGCAAGAACUCUGAGGACAUCCGGUGCAAAUGCGUCUGCCCCCCUUACAGGAAUAUCAGUGGCCAGGUUUACAAGACAAAUGUGUCGCAGAAGGACUGUAACUGUCUACAUGUGGUGCAGCCUAUGCCAGUGCCAGGAAAUGAUGUUGAAGCAUACUGCCUGCUGUGUGAGUGCAAGUAUGAAGAGCGAAGCACCAGCACUAUCAAGUUCAUUAUCAUCGUUUACCUCUCUGUGAUUGGAGCCCUGCUGUUCUACAUGGCCUUUCUGAUGCUGGUUGACCCCCUGAUCCGCAAACCUGAUGCCUAUACCCAGCCCCUACACAAUGAAGAAGAGAAUGAGGAUGCCCAUUCAUUGGCAGCCGUGCAGCCUUCUGCCAGCACCAGGCCAAACACGGUGCUGGAGAGAGUGGAGGGAGCCCAGCAACGGUGGAAGUGUCAGGUGCAGGAGCAGAGGAAGACUGUGUUUGAUCGACACAAGAUGCUGAGCUAGUAGAGCUCACCAAGAGUGGAGUGAGCAGCAGCUGCUAGUUAGCUGGGUAGAGUAUUUCUGUUAGGCAGUGCACACACUCCAAGGUCUAGUUUGAAGUUGUUGCCCUUUCUAGAUUGUUUUUUAAUUUGUUCACCCGAGAGCAAGCUAGGUUGAUGCAAGAGACUCUGGCUGCACAUGCUAAACCUUUUUUAACCCUUAAAACAGGUGCAUCCUCUACAUCUGCCCCAUUGGCUAACACUUCUCUUCACUCACAGAGCUAUGAGUCUUGCCACCUGAUUACUCUAUUGUUUGCGAAAACACAAAAAUGCAACUUCUAGCUGCAACGUCUCUAUUUGUUUUCAGAAGCUAUAAGUAGCAGCAAAAUCUGCUGGGUCCUGUAAUCUGCUGGGCACAUGUCUUAAGUUUAAUUAUGAGGCAUGUGACAGGGAAUUUCCUUUCUUUUCUUUUUAAUUUACAGUUCAAUUUUCAACUGGAACUGGAUGGAUUAUUGGUAUUAUGCGCAUGGCAAGAUCCUUUCCCAUUCCCUUGCCUUUGCUAAUUUAGGACUCUACUCUUGUGAAAGUAACUGUUUUAUGUAGAGGGGAUUGACUUGAAAAUCUGUCAUUCGUCAGUAAAAGGUAUAGUAUAAUCAAGGAAGCUUUACUUUUACUUUUAUAUACUUCCUUUCUGCCAGGGCACUCAAGUUAGUUUACAAUUUACAUAUAUGAAAACAAAAAAAGGAAGCAUACUUUUUUUAAAAGCAGAAUUGUCCCAUGCCCUUGGAGUUGCUGAUAGUAUGGUCUCCCUGCCCUGGACCUUGCUGCUGCUUCUUCCUUGCCCUCAGGCCACUAGUAGGUCUCUUCAGGAACUGUUGAAAUUAGCCCACUGGCCUAGGCUGCGCUUCAUCUGCCUUUCCCUGCCAGGCACACAGGUUUUAAUUAGCAAAGGGAGCUAUUGGCCUCUCAUCACGAGCCCUCCCAGCCAAUUCCUGUAAGGAUCUUUUCAGCUAGCUAACCUUGCUUCAAACACAGGGAUGUGAGUUUAGCAGAACAGUUAGGAAGUCUUUCUAAAGGUGACGAAUGCUGCAAAGCUCCUGAAACCAAUAAUCUAUUGCAGAGAAUUGAUAAAAUUCAGCAACACAUUAGGAAAGAAAGCAGAAAUUGGAGAGUGCAUUUGGUUUUGAUUCCAUUGUUUGUUUUGUGCAUGUCAGCACUUGUUUUUCUAGUGGCCAGUCUGUCUGUGUCUUGCCAUCUGCCAACUGCAGUACAGACAGGUUGGGACUCAGAAAUUGUACUUAGGUUCUUCGAUGUUUCCCCCCUCAACAAACCUAGAAAUUUCUGUCUGAUAUCUGCAUUCCAAAUGAUGCAUGGGAUGAGAAUCACGGAGAGACAAGGCAGGGCAUCAUACACAGGAGGAGUGGACGAUACAUACGCAUCCACACCAUAAUUAAUUUGCUAUCUAAGUAUAUCUGAUUUAUGCUAACAACAACAAAUAUUUAUAUACCGCUUUUCAACAAAAGUUUCCAAAGCAGUUUACAUAGAGAAAUAAUAAAUAAAUAAAAUGGCUCCCUGUCCCCAAAGGGCUCACAAUAUAAAAAUAAACAUGAUUGACACCAGCAACAGCCACUGGAGGGAUGCUGUGCUGGGGCUGGAUAGGGCCAGUUGCUCUCCCCCUGCUCAAUAAAGAGAAUCACCAUGUUAAAAAGGUGCCUCUUUGCCCAGUUAGCCAAGACCAACAGAUUUGCACCUGCAUCGUCCACAUGCACAUGUAUAUCGGUUGCAGAGAAGAAGGCUAUAAUGUAUGUGCUUUGAUGACAGUAAUAGUUACCAAACCAAAUCAAGUUUAUUACAGUCCAUGACCAAAAAAAAAAAAAAAAAAGGAAUAAAAACAAUAUAAUACAAUAAAAAUAUACAACAUCAAAAGAAUAAAUUACAUAAAACUGAGUUACAAGCAUGGUAAGGUAAUACACAGCUAAGUUUAUCUCGUCUCAUUUUACAUGCUGCAGCACAAAAUCUUGCAAUCCUCUCUGUAACCUCCGUGUGGCGAUCCAUUAAAAAAUAAGAAACGUAAUAAUCAUCAGAAUAACCCGAUUUGUCUUUUAGAAGAGGUUCUAUCCAUAUAGGGCGAAUAGUCCUAUAAAAGGCACAGUGUAAAAGGAACUUUCUAGUUAGUUAGAUUAAGUCCAGAAUAGAAGCUGGGUUCCAGAAAACUGCGAGCAAUAGAACGAAUGAUGUUCAUGUACUUCUAUCUGCAAAUGCACAAUGUUUUUCAUAUGUGAUUUCGCUUAGUGGUGCAUAUAGGGCAGUUUCACAUGACCACUGCUAAGUCGGUAAGAAACAUGUCAGGGAAAUGUCAGGAAUUUAGAGUGCACACUCCCAGUGGGCAUGACGUCUGAACCUGCCCAAGUCCAGUUCCUGCACAGAAUUCCGGAGAGUCUCUGCCAACUUGUAACCUACACUGAAGACUGACAUUUGGUGGAGAGUCUUGGGAGAAUGUCAGGUGCAUCUUGAGAAUCUGAUGUGGGAAUGGGACUUGGGUGGUUUCAGACGUGACACCCAUUGGAAGUGAGCACACUUAGUUCCUGACGUUUCCCUGACAUGUUCCUGGCUUACUGACUUGCUGGCAGUCAUGUGAAGCCACCCAGAGAUGUGGUAAAAUAUGGUGCAUCUGUAUGCAAAAGGUGCUCUUUGAGUGUAACUUGAUUUUCCUUAUGGAAGCUGCUUUCAUGAUCAGCCUGCACAGGGGGAAUAGUGAUUCUGCACGAGGAAGUCAAUUUCAGUGUGCAGAAGCUGAUCUCUGUAUCCCAGUCUAAGGGCCAAAUCACAUGUUACAUGAAGUAUGUGCUUAGUUCUGUGACUGGCUUUUAAAAUAUGUAUACAGUAAAUAGCAGCUGGAUUUGGGCCCCUUUGCACGUCAGAACUGCAGGGUAGAAUGGGAGUUUAACUCUACCACGCUGUACUCCUAAUCCAGAUUGAGGAGAGGGUGGUGCUGUAGCUGCUAUUGGUCAAAGGGGGGAAAUGCUCUCAUUGGCACGGUUGACACUUGAAAGAUUACAGAGAAUAAUUGUCUCCACAAGGUGCUAGUUCAGCUAUUCAGUAUUUAAUCACAGUGAUAUACAAGUAGCUAACUUGGCAGUAGCCAGUUUCUUUUAGCUUGACUUGACAACAGAUUGCCCACAUUUGACACCCUAUAAUAUGUGACUGCUGCAUAUUUGACAUCGUGCAUAUAUGCUCUUACAGUACCCACAACAAGAGUGUCUGUUGUUGUACCAGAGGUGAAGGGGAAGCAAUGUGAAUCUAAUGCACUUCUGCAAUGUACUGUAGUAACGGUUUCUCCAAUGAAAAAACCAGCAGCGUAAGAUACUUUUUACUGAGGGCCUGUGUUCCUGCUGCAUGAAAGUGAGCCCAUUUAUUACCUAAUCAGUGUUGUUGUUUUUUAUUUCCCUUAAGGAAUCUCUGGCAGUGUGGGCCAGUAUUGGUACUAUGCAGCAUCUUUUCAUUAAAUAAAGAAACUGGUGUGUAUCAUAAGA